CUUCUCGUCGGGAUGGCUCGAUUAAGGCAACUGAGAGUGAAAUCGACACCAUGCAACGUGUUAAAAUACAUGAAGACAACUUUCCAGGAAUGUUACGAAGGAUAUUCGGAAACAAACGAAGACAAGACCGCUUUCUAUGAACCGGGCUGGAGGUUUGUCGACAACUCUACAAGAGACGAAGAUUUAUUUCGACUUUGCCCGAAGCCAUGGCGAUAUCAAAAUGCGGAAGAAAGUGAUAGCGGGUCAGAGUGGGGACAGUUCUCAUUUUAUCGUGGAGGAGGAUUUGUAGCAGACCUCGGGUACAAGAACCAUACGGGGUUCAAAGCCGUAACCACUUUGCAAAACAACGGUUGGCUUGACAGGCAAACCCGGGUGGUUCUCGCACAGUUUUCCGUGUUUAACCCGUCGGUGAAUAUUUUAGGUGUUGCCACAUACUUUUACGAAGUUGAGGCAUCAGGACUCAAAGAAGCUUUGGUACAAACUGACAUUCUUUCUCUUGAUCCUACAAACACAGCUUCAUAUCAGUUCUAUUUGAUUUGCAUUUUACUAUACGCUGUAUCCGUUCUGCUGUUUUUGGGAAGAGAAUGCUUCAAGCUUUACAAUCACCGUUCCCGGUAUUUCCAGUCCGUGUGGAAUUGGGUGGAGAUGUCCCAGGUUGUUUUCUCCGUGUUGGCCGUGGUUUUGUACAUAAAACGACAAAUCAUAGUCUCUUCAACAUGGGCAAGGUUAAAAGAAAACAGUUAUGCAAAUAUAAGUUUCAAAAAGGCUAUCAUUUGGCAUGAAGCAGAAAAUGUUGUACUUGGAAUCCUGAUGUUUAUCGUCACUGCAAAACUCUUGCGAGUCAUUCGCUUCAAUAAACAUGUUGCUGUAUUCUCCAAAGCAUUGACGAUAUCUGCACAAUCUCUUUCAUCCUUUAGCAUUGUCCUAUUGAUUCUCUUCGUGGCAUUUCUUCACGCCGGUGUAUUGAUGUUUGGCACUGGAUCUGAGCGCUACUCCUCAGUGCUAAAAGCAGCUUAUUUCCAACUCGAACUGACUCUUGGAAGAGUGAAAGCCAGACCAAUCAGUGAAUUAGCAGAGGUAAACAGCACAUACGCUAAGAUAUUCGUCUUUGCUAUUCUUUUCACCCUAACAAUUAUCUGCAUGAACUUUUUUAUCGGCGUAAUAAACGAUGCACUUCUGGAUGCAAAGGUUACCGCGAACGAAAGUGAGUUGCACGAGCUCGUUGAUGAGGUUCGUUGCAAAGGCUCAAAAGAACGGAACACAUUUUUCGAUUCUGUUAGCAGUAGACUGAGACAACUGAAAGUCUCCCAAGCAUCAAACACGGGAGAGAAAAAAGCAGUAGAUAGAAGCAUUACCCUUGAUUCCAAGAAGAGUUCAAAAAUCAACUUUGACCAAAUCAGUGAGGCCAUCAAAGCUUUGAGGGGAAAAACAGGCCAAGAACCAGGAGAAAAACAGCCGAAAUACUCAAGAGGAAAAUCAUUUUUCGAUGGAAUUAGCAAAUUCUUGAAAACACUGGGAAGAAUGAGCCAUGACGAACACUGCAAAGGUAAAAAAAGGAAGAAAGUUCGAUUUCAAGAGGAUGUCGCUAACUCUCAUCUUCGGAAAUUAGAGAAAAGAGGGUAUGAAUUGUUUCAGCGGCUUGAUAGGGUUAUGGCGGGAUUCUCAAAAGAGGACGAAGAAUAUCAUUAUCUAAUGGAAACAAUGCGAGCCUGUGACUUCUAAACAGAGAGGAAAUAGAUAAAUGGUGAAAGGAAUAGAUCAUAUACUCGAGAAUUAGACUGAAAGAUCGGGACUGUAGUGUACAUUACCCCGUGAUCACUGGCAAAUGGCUGAAAUGCUUCGCACGUAUACGUAUUAAAUGUGUUCUUUUCUUUAUAAUUGAAUUUCACGCUUAAAAUAAAGAAAAACUUGAUAAAGGAUGGUAACAUAGAGGUGGCAACAAAAAUGUAGAGGCG